AUUGUUUUGUGUUCCUUUAAAUUGCUUGACAUGUCCUUGGGAUUUUCGUCUUCACUUGGUCAGUCAACCAAUGUGGAGCGGAAGCUAGAGAAUAAUAAAUUGAAAAACUUUGGUUUUCUUGUGCCACACAUAUCUGAGUUUGAGUAUGAAUUACAGGAGCUUUUAGUUGAGAUUGAUAUGCUCAUUGAGAAGAAGAAAUGUGAAUGGGAAAAAGAUCUUAAAGCCCUUGAAAGAAAGCUGUCGAUUAAGGUGUCUGAAAAUGACAGGCUUCAGGGUCUUGUUAACGAAAAAGAAAGGGAUCUACAAGAUGCUUUUAGGCGCCUUGAAAUGGUUGAAUCCAAAGAUCCAAGGAUUUGUUAUGGCAAGCAGAUUGAGGAAUUAAGUCACAAGGUUGACGCAAUGAAAGCUAGUUACAGUAAUCUCCAAAGGAAAUAUCAAAAGCAAUUAGUUGCAGAAAAAAGUGAUUUCUCAAUGCAUCUACGUAAUUUAGAGACUGAAAAUGAAGCUCUGAAAGCCGAAUACGAGAGAUUAAGACAAAAAAAUGAACAGAUUAUUUCAUCACUGAAACAACAGUUGGUUGAUCAAAAAAAUAGUACACUUGAUAUUCAGAAACGAUAUGGUGAAUUGCAAUCUCAAUUUGAAAUAAAAUUACAAGAGGAAACCAAUCAAAAGAAUAAUAUUAAAGAGAUGAAAGAAGAGCAUCAGUUAGCCAUCGACAAACUUAGUAAACAGUUAAAUGAUCAUAAAAAUACAAUUAAGCUUCAGGCCGAAGAAUUAAUGAUUACCAAAGCAUCACUCACAAAUAAAAUCUCGGAGAUUCAUCGCCUUCCUCGUGAAGCUGAAAUGAAAAAGUCAAUUAUCAAUGGUUCUCAGAAAUCUGUAAAACGUCAAGAAAAAACCAUGGCAAAGCGUUUAAACUUGCUGUUACAUCGAAAACACAAUUCAACACCCAAUAUAUCAGUUAAACAUGGACAAACUUCACCUACUGACUUAUCACCACCAUUACAACAGUUACAGCAGGCUCUCAGUGAUCAAGAAGAAAUUACUCAUAAAGUUAAGUACUUGGAAAAUCAACUGAGUGAAGCUAAUAAUACCCUCAUAGAUAAAAUGUUAGAAAUAAGUCGACUUGAAAAUACAUGUCAAGUAGCGUCUGCUACAAUUCGUCGUCUGGUGGAAUCCAAAGCAUAUUCUAAUGGACAAACUAAGUUUCUGGAAACUUCCAUUGAUGAAGCCCGUGAAAGAGUGGGGAAUUUUGAAAGAAAGCUUUCUUUAGUUGAAAAGGAUUUAUCAUCUAAAUUAUCAAAAACAAUAUCUGAAAUAUGUCGACUUAAAAAAUAUGUUUAUCAAAUUCAAGCAUCCAGAUCAUAUGAAAUAAAUCAGACGCCAAGACAUUGUACUUCAGAUGAAGGUGUACAAACAAGCGACUAUUUACUGCCCAAUGAUGGACCAAUCAAAGUAACACCUACUUUAACCUUCAAUGAUACGCAGUCAACAAAUCUCACUUCGUCCAACUCAUUAACAAAUACGGAAGAGUUGAAUAAAAUACCUAAUAAUUAUUGUGCUGAUCUUAAUUCAACACUAUUUAUCAAUCAAUCAAAUAGUAAUAUCCAUCGUAAAACUGUUAACGCUCCAGUAGAUCUAGUCAAUAAGCAAAUUGAAAUGGAAGUCAAUCACUCUCAGGCUCAAAUUAAUCAAGGAAACAAAAACUGUCCGAAUUUCAAACAAGAUUUUCACAGUAACAUCAAUUUACUUGCUAACUCUACGGAUGUUUGUAACGAAUCUAAAAAUUCUGAACAGUCAAUAGAAAUUACACCAAACAAAAUGUUUAAAAAUAAAGAUGGAAAACAAAUUUUCCCACCCGGUGAAUCUGAUGUUGUUGCAUCAUGUAAACCAAUACCAUCGGCACGCUUUAAAUUGUUGUCACCCUCAGUUAAAUUUUUGGAUGAUAAUAAUAAUGAUAUCAAUUCAAACGAAAAUGGAUUAAUUGACUUCUCUGUGGUCUGUGCCCAGUGGCUGUAUCGCAGUUAUAAAACAUAACUUCAAUAGUCUGUGGAACGACAACUUAGUGGUUAACGUACUCAACUGUCAACUACUAAGUCACAAGUAUGAAAUCUGGCUUGACUACCUCACUUUGGCUAGCCAGAUAGUAUCACUAGCCCUAGUAUAAAAAGUGUGGUUCAAAGCGCGGAGUACAUAAACCUGUGUUUGUUUAGAUAAACAUGACUAUGCUGCUGUUUUAGAACCCACACUAUUAACGUUAAAUUCACCAGUUUCUGAAACAUCAAAAUUCGCCAAAAUCAAUGAAACUAUUAUUGAAUCAUUUCCAAAUUCAUGUUUGAAUUAUUCUACUGAUUCAAUUAGAAUUGUCUCCACAUGUGUUCCACACUUCUCUGUUUUCACGCAAGAUAGUACAUUUGUUGAAUCAGAUAUAAAUUUUCAUUGUUAUCAAUCAAUGAAUUUGUCAAAUGAAGAACAGUCAUCAUCAUUUGAAAAGAAGUCAAAUCUUCAUCUACCAUCAUAUUGUUCAACAUUCAUAUCACCAUCAUCAUCAAUAUCAUUAUACCACUCUCAAAUUAAUCAUAAUAGUUUAAAUGAAGAAGAUACAAAUGUUUAUAAUUUAGCUGCACAAUUUUUAGUGGAUGAACAAAAGCAUUCCAUGUUAUUAGAACAAAAAAUUGAUACACAUUUAAAGUGUUUAGAAGAACAUGCUGGACAUUUAAAUGAAUUAUAUUAAAUUUCCAUAUUUUUUAUAUAUAUUUCUUCAUUUAUUUUGAUAUAAUUCAACCUUUUUUUCUUAUCAUGGUUGUGUUUCGAUGUCUACUAAUAACGCUAAGUUUUAGUAGUAUUUCUUGUUAGAAUACAUUUUUGUGAAUGUACAUUAAAACUGUAUUAAAUUAUUUCUUAAAUCUUUUUCUUCUAUGUUCCUAUUCCAUUUAUCAAUCGGAUAAGUAAAGUAAAACUGUUUUCAAGUACAAUUUUUCUUAAUAAAAAAAUAGUAUUCUUUUUUUUUACCAAAUAUGUUAUUCAACUGUGAUAUAUCUAUAUAUCAAUAUUUGACCUCGUUUUAAUAGUUAACAAGACUUAACCUUUUAUGGGAUAAGCGCAUAGAUACAUAUUACAUUCUUUUACCCUUGUUGAUGUUGGGUUGUUUAUAUUGAUUUGUUGUUGUUGUUGUUGUUGCCAUGUAACACAUACAAACACACACGUCUAAACACUAUGUUCAACAAAUAGGCUACCGUACGGAUAAAUGCACAAACCUACACAUUGAUUUAUUAGUAAAUUAACCAGCUUACGCAAACAAUCACAUUAAAUGAUUUUGAAAAUAUAAAUGUUCCUCGACAGGCAAAUGUGUAUUCAUAUUCAUGUUUUAUUAUACUGUGAAAAAUAAUAAUCUCCUACAAUCUUUAGACAUAUUAUGAUGUAUCAUAUAUUCUUUCAAAAAAAAAGAAUAUCCAGAGGAUGAACGACUAGAAUUUUCUUUUUUACACCAUAAUGUCAUAUUUACCUCAACGCUUGUCAACCAUUAUCUCCUCUCUCAUUCUUUCUCUAGGAGAAAUGUUUUUUAUCUCUUUUUUACACUUAAGAUAGCUUAUUUUACACAAUCUUUUGCUGUUUGUCAAGUAGGUUUUUUAUACAGCAAAUUUUAGUGUAACCAAAAUAUUAGUCUUUUUUUCUGUAUUUUCUUUAAUAUGAAACCAGUUAAAAGACAGUUGUGUUCCAUC